UGUUCUUUACAAAAAAAUGUUUGAUCCCUUUCUAGAACUACAUCCCUUUCUAUUUAUAAGAGUACAUGGGCCAAAAAAUACUAGAUAAUACAACGGAAAGGAAUAUUCACUACAAUAUUCUCUAGGAAAACUAAAUCUUAAAACUAGUUGUUACUGUGCGCCGAAAACGGAUGCUCGCCCUUGUCUUCCAUUAAACCACCUCGACCUCGACGACAAUUUGUCUUCUCACAUGACCUUGCCCUUUUGGGGUCAGGUCGAUACGUCACAACGUUGACACAUCACAAUCUUCAAAGGCUUUAUCACUGUUGACCAGAUCAAAUGCGUGAAAUGAAGCUUUUCACCUAUAUAGUUAGUCCCUCUGCUUGUUGAGGUCAUACUUUGGAAUGGACUGGAUAAGUGGAUAAUAUAGGUCGUAGUCGUCGUCAGAGACGGAUGACGUAGUGUUACAUGGGCCGCUUAUUUGAAACUCAUGUUGUCAUGAUUUUCCCGGGUGACCUUUGGAGAGAACCUGAUGUAGAUGGGACGUGAUGUCAUUCAUCAUGAUGACGCCGAUUUCGAUGCGUUGCAUCAGGACACGUGCAACUCGCCGGUUGGUUCUGCCGUUUCGCCUCCUACUGUAAUCAUGACGAGUCCCCUCGAAUCCCAAGGUUCGUUCAUUAUAAAAGAAGGGUGAUCACCGAUUCUGAAUCUUUCUUUCACUUUUAUUGUCGAAAUUUCUUUCAUCUUCUUCCUAAACUUCCUUUCUCUGUUUAUUGCUUCUAAAGCCUUCUUUCAUUUUUUCAGACCUUUCACUUCUUUAAAUUUCCCGAAUCUUACAACCAUGUCUAACUUGUCUUCUGAUGUAAAUGAGGAGAUUCAAGCUACUACACUGGCUGUCGUGGCCUUCGUCCGCGGAGGAGAUGCCAUAUCCACCGUUGAAGUGGAGGCUCCUCCCUCAGUGGAAGAGAUUAUUCCUCGUAACCCCGAUGCGAAACCAUACUUGCAACGGCAAUUGGAGGCGGUGGUAGUGGCUGAAGUUUUUCGAUCCUCUUUGACGGCCAAGUGUUUAGCGGAGUUCAAGGACACGUUUGGCAUCCCUGACCAAGUAAAGAUCGUACCCACGGACAAGGACGAAGUGUAUAUCGACCAUCCAAGGUACUGCGCCCUUUACGCCUACCCCUUCACCAUCGGCUACUCUCUUCCUUUUCCGCCUUUGGUGGAGGAAUUCUGCUGCUACUACCGUGUCUGCCCCAUCCAACUUGCGCCCUUGGUCAAGAUAUUGUCAAAAUUCGCCGAAUUGGCCGAUGUUGAGAUCACUCUUCGACAUAAUGUACACUUGUUUAUGCCAACCUUCUAUUGCGGUAAGAUGUUAAAUAUUCGCCACCGUGGAAGCAAAUCCCUCGUUGUCAAGACGGAUGACAAGGGUAGUCAACAAUUUUGGCUCAACUUCUUUUAUGUCAAGAUCGAGUUUGUUGUGGCUGACGUCGCAGACUUUCCUGAGGCUUGGAACCACGCCCCUACUGCUCGUAGCCUCCAGCUGGUGACGCACCUCGCCAACGGGGUUAGGCAAGCCCUUCCUUGCACUGUGGGGAUUCGUGAUUGGUCGAGCUUUUGGCAGAGAUACAAACCGACUCCCCUCCGAAAGGCCCCACCAAGGAGGUUGCUUAAAAGAACCUGGCACCGAUGCCAUCUUUUAGGAGAAGGAGGGGCGUUGCUUCCUCUACUCCUUCCCCCAUUUCAACAUCUACGACCGUUCUUCCUUUGGCUCCUCCUUGUAUUGAAGAUGAGAAAGUUUCUCCGCGUGAUACGGACCAGAGGCCUAGGAAGAGGAAAGUCAUAGAUGGGGGAGACGGUAUAUCAGUGGCAGUUGACUUGUCGAAAGUCUCUCCCGAGAUCGCGGUGCAAGUUACCGUGGCAACAUUGGCCAAGAGAGGUAUAGGGGCAGCCUCAGAUGUGCCUAGCUUGGAGGGAUUUGAUGUUGUUGCUUCCUUCGACUUGAAGAGGAUGAGGAGUCGUGAAUGUUGUUGUUGAUGAUCCCGCUCGUCCCGGGUGUAGGGCGGCUUUGUCUUCCGACUCAGCCCAGGAAGUUUCCCAUGCUGACCAGGGGAAUGGCUAGAUGCACGGCCGAAUAAGACGAUGAGCACGCUGAGUUUAUUGGCGACGAGUCUGACUCUGACCUCGACCCUGCGCUGAGGUUAAAGAAAAAAGUGUGAGAUCAAUUUCCUUAUUACCUACUAAGUUUCAAUUUACUUCCUCUUUCCUUUUGCGACUUGAAACUUAAAAGGAAACCUUUUUUUUUUAC